UUGGUUUCAUACCUAAGGCCUUCUUUAUAUACUCAGCAAUAUGGGGUUUCCCAUCAGUGUCAAGCAUAUCAUCGUCCUGCACACAUUGUAGUAUUCAAACCAAGCAACGAAAAUGAUUCCGGAUAUUUUCAACAUCAUCAACAAGGCUCGCUAUAGCGGAAUCAUCGCUGGCCCGAAAACAGCCCCUUCGCUGUACCAACUAAGCGUCAAAGCAUUCGUCAAAGAGCUGGACCGCAAGUGUAAACCUGAAACGAGAAUCCCCGAACUACAACUUCUACCGGCUGUGGCAUUGAUAAGCAUACUGGAAGAGAUGUCCUGCUAUCCAUCGCUGAGGAAAAAACUUCAUCGGGAGCUGUGCGAUCCAGUUGUGUUUAUGAGAAUGUUCAUGCGAUUCAAAGCAGACAGAUUGGUACUAGAACGCUGCUUACGCAAAGCAAGUUCUAUAGGGAAGCCUGUACUACCGGAACUUGCGAAUAACUGGUGUAUGAUGGUUAACGAAAAGAAAUCAGAGGCAAGUUCAUCGUCAAUUCAAGAAGCGAUGGAGUUCGGAACAUACCUACAUGAAGCUGGAUGGGCUUUACAGAGCAUAGACGUGUUUGAUAUUGCAUUACGGAUGAUUUCGCAAUUGAAGGAGGAUCAGCACCAAGAAAUGGUGAAACUCAUAUGUACGCAGAAAUUACUAAGAGCCGAAGGUAGCGCGAUGUUGAUUUCAAAAGCCGAUAUAACAUGUAAUACCUUAUUGACGAUGAUCGAAGGCAUUGAAGACAAUGAAAUUCUACUCACAGUGUUUCUCGAAGUGGCAAAUCAUCAUUUCAAAGCUAAACGCAUAGCUGAAACUCACAAUUGGACAAGAAAAGCCAUGGAACUCAUGACCGAAUCAACCCCAGCUGAGCAUGUCAUAGAGAUCCUUCAACUGGAAUCAAUCUAUCUCUACCUAUCGCAACGCUACGAAUCUGCUGGCAUGAUCGUCAAUCAAGCUAUUCAUCGAGCUCGAUUAACAUUCGGACACUUACAUCGACGAUACGCAGACACAUUGUACACUUAUGGAGUUUCUCUACUGAAGAUAAACGCCAUUUCCGAUUCCAUCCCCGUGUUCCUGGAACUUCUGGAUAUCAUCACCAAACUGUAUGGUACCUAUACACCACACGUCGCCAUCAUCCAAAGCUACCUGGCAUACGGAUUCUAUCGCCGAUCGCAGGCCACCGGACGAUUCGAUAUGGCGUACGAUCACAUCCAGAGUGCAAUUACGCUGGCGAAGCAAAUAAUACCCGAGCGUCAGAAGGUUAUCAAUCACUUUUGCGGAAUUCGAGCCAUGAUAUUGAGAGGACACGAGGAUGUUUGGGAAGCUGUUGAGGAGAACAGAGCAGUCAGAAUAAAUAAUUUUUAUUUAUUCAGUAUUUCAGAAAUCAAACAUCUAUGCUUUGAAUUGCACGAUGAAAUCGACGCUUGA